GUCAACCCGGAUUCUCUCUUUUGAGAGGAGUUAAUAACCUUAAAAAUAUUGAUAAAUAACAUUAUAACCUUAUUUAUGGUCUAAACCUAUCAUUUUUCUAUAUUUAGAGAUGAAAUCUGUGAUUUAUUCGACCGGUGCAGCUCAAGAAAAUACGAAACUUAAAAUUAUAUUCGCUAGCUCAGCUGUAGAAAAUAAACUUUGGAAACUGUAGACGCAUUUCUUUUGCCUUUUCUUUAUAUUCAGCAGAAUGGCGGAAGCAAGAAGUGCAGUGACAGAGCCCAGGGUUGGAGAAAUAGAAGAAGGCAAAAACCCACGCUGGGACUUCAUUGUAGCAUGGAGGAAAAACACAAUAAGGAGAUUUUACAGGACAAGAAACUUAAUACGAAAUGGAAUGUGGCCAACUUCAAUGUGGAAUCUUGGUGUUUCUGUCGGGACAAUGUCAACUUUGCUGAUCGGGGAUUGGGAGUUUGCUAAACCUAUCACAUCAAGACUUUGGGCAGCUGCUGAGAAACUUCAUAUACAUGAUGGAAUUCCAUAUUACCUGAGGGUUGUUGUACUGUCUACCAGUGUUGGAUUUAUAUCAUUCCUUGCCCUUCUAUACAUAAGAAGAUACACCCUUCGUCUACUGCUUUCAUACAAGGGAUGGAUGUACCAAGCUCCUAGAACCCAGUCCAUCACGACUAUACUAUGGGGUCUUGUAGUGCGCCUGGUCUCGGGUCCCAGGCCCUACAUGUACAGCUGUCAACAGAGCCUGCCACGUAUGCCUGUUCCUCCGCUCAAAGACACACUGAAGAUGUUCAUAGAGUCUUUGAAACCACUCUAUGGAGAGGAUUCUGAAGAAUAUAAAAAGCUCAAAGCACAAUCAAAGGAAUUUGGCAGAUCUCAGGGCCUCCGCUACCAAUCCAUUAUAAAGCUCAGGAGCUGGUGGGCCCAGAAUUGGUACUCUGACUGGUGGGAGAAGUAUGUAUAUCUCAUGGGGAGGAGCCCUAUUGCAAUCAACAGCAAUUACUACAUUCUGGAUGAGAGCUACUGGCAGCCCACACAUAAACAGGUGUCUCGUGCAGCAGGUGUGUGUUACCAAUAUCAUUCCUUCAAGAGACUCUGUGACAGAGAAGAACUGCUGCCCUUGGUUAUCCGCAACACUAUACCUCUAUGUAUGGCACAAUAUGAACGAAUGUUCUCAACAGUAAGAAUUCCAGGUGAAGACAUAGAUGAAUUAGUACACUUCUCCACAGCACAAUCCAAACACAUUGCAGUCCAGAGGAAGGGUGUGAUAUACAAAGUGAAUAUGUUUGACAAGAAAGGUCAGCCUCUGCAGCCAUCUACAAUGGAGAAACAUUUCCAGUGGAUAAUUGAGGAUGCAGACAAACACGAAGGUGAUUACAGCGAGGCAGCUAAAUCACUAUCCAGUUUGACGGGUAUAGAUCGUACAGAGUGGGCCAAGACACGGCAGCAGCACUUUACCAAGGGAGUCAACAAAGAGUCUAUGGAUGUGGUUGAUUCAGCAAUGUUCAUGGUUAUAUUGGAAACGAAAGCCUUUGAAGACUUUAGUCAACGUGGCAAGUACCUGUUGCAUGGGGAUGGGAAGAGCAUAUGGUUUGACAAGAGCUUCACUUUGGUUAUAUUCAGCGAUGGCAGAUUUGGUAUGAAUGUAGAGCACUCCUGGGCUGAUGCUCCUGUCAUAGCGCAUGCUGGUGAAUACUGCAUGACCAAUGAGGUGUUGGAGUCCCCAGCUCUGUAUGACUCUGAAGGUCGGUGUAUUGACAUAGACUCCAGAGUGACCCAAGCAAGUGUAACACAGCCUGAGAGGCUGGUCUGGGAGGUUCCCAAGCCACUAGAGGCAACCAUACAGAGAGCUAUCUCAUUCUGCCAGAAGAAUAAUGAUGACCUGGAACUGGUUGUUUCUGACCAUGAUGCUUAUGGAAAAGGUUUCAUUAAAAAAUGCAAGGUCAGCCCAGAUGCAUUUGUUCAGAUGGCGCUUCAGUUGGCUUACUAUAAGGAUUCUGGGAAAUUUGUAUUGGUCUAUGAAUCCUCCAUGACACGUCUAUAUCUAUUAGGACGCACAGAAACUGUUCGUUCCCUGACAGUAGAGUCUCAAGAUUUUGUCAAAGCCAUGGUUGACAAACAGAAGACAUCAGAGGAGAAGAUCAAGCUGUUGCAGCGGGCCUGUGUGAAGCACCAAAAACUCUACCGUGACGCCAUGUGUGGUGGUGGCAUAGAUCGCCAUCUAUUUGGUCUAUUUGUAGUCUGUAAAGGCAUGGGCAAGGAAAGUGACUUCCUAAAGACAGCCCUCACUAUCCCUUGGACUCUGUCAACAUCUCAGCAACCACAGCAACAGAUGAUCAACACCCCCAGCUGUGACCUCCCUAGGUUCAAAAAUAUGGUUUCUCCCGGUGGGGGAUUUGGGCCUGUCUCUGAUGAUGGUUAUGGUGUCUCGUAUAUGAUCCCUGGCAACCAGAAGAUAUUCUUUCAUGUCUCUUGUAAAGGAUCCAGUGGAAAAACAAAUGCUCUCAGGUUUACCAAUCUACUAAAUGAGACAUUGAAGGAAAUGAGGGAAUUAUUUGAGCCAAGUAGUGCCACCAAUGGUACCACCAGUGCCAGCAAUAGUACCAAGACUGUGGAGAAUGGUACCAAUUAAUGCAGGAGUCAAAAUAACAUUUUUUCUGUUUUAGUCAAAUAGCUAUAAAAAAAAGUUCACCAUGCACAUAUAAUAUCCUGAACAGAGGAAGUAUUUUAAUAAUGCACAAAUUUUUAACAAUCAAAAGCAUAAUAUAUUUGUUGUCAUUGUGACAUUUUACUCGAUUGGAAGAUGGAGGCAGAGCUUUUCAGAUGCAAGAUCAUGCAAGAUAUUUUGCUGAAUCAUUGACAUUUUCCCAAUAUAUGAGGAAACAAUCCACUUAAUACCCGAAGCUGGUAUGCAUUUUAGAUAGAUUGUUGUAAGAAGUGUAUGGGAUUUUUCAUGUAUCCUACUGGGUAAAAUCAAUCUUUAAUUUAAUUUUUAUGCCUUUUAAAUUACAUUUUAUUUGAUUUCAACUUGUUUUAUUGAACUAUUUUAGUUGAAUGUGUUUUCAUCCAAGAUUUUAGUAGGUGUCAGAUUAAGGUAUACUGACACUAAAUUAAUAGUUGAUCAGGUUUUAU